CUAAUAUUUGGGAAUUCAUGGACUCGAGCAGAUGGUUUUGAUUGGCACAUUCAUCAUUUCUGCUGCAACGUUUGUGAUACACCAAUGGCAGGACAGCGAUAUGUACCAGACAAAGAUGGCUAUCCAUAUUGCCUUCCAUGCUAUAUGGCUUGUUUAGCUAAGAUGUGCGAGACAUGUGAGGAGAAAAUACCACCAGAGGAAAACCGUUGUGGCCAUCGAGGUUACUUUUAUCAUGCAAACCCCCAGUGCUUCCGAUGUUAUUCUUGUAAAGACCCUCUCCUUGGUAAGCGAUUCAAGAUGUCUAAGAACUGGCUCUUCUGCUCUAAUGAGUGCAUUCAGGCAGCUGCAGAAGAUUUAGCUGUCAAUCCCAAUCCUAAAGAAAAGCCACAGUGAGCCACAGAAAGAAAAUGUAAACACAUUAUUAUAAUGUCAGUAUAAAUUUUAUUCUAAUUUUAGCCAUUCUUGGAUGUAUAUAUGGUAAGGUGUAUGAAAGUUGACUUGAAGCUGGAUUACAUUUGCACCAAAUGAAGUGAAUCAGCAUUGCAGUAAAAUAAUCACAAGUGAAAGAUUAGUGUCUUAUGGAUUUAAAUAGUGAAGCAGCUGUGUGCUUGCACUUUACUGCAGUGUACAGUAUAGCAGAUUACUUUAUUUGGGUUGUCAAAUAAGAACAAAUGAAUGUCAUUGACAGUCCUGAUACGUAUUGGUAAAAGUAUGGGCUGACGUUAAGGGCAAAAUGUAUCGUGAUUAAUUUUAUUGGGCAUAAAGGGGCAAAAAGCAACCACAUUGCUCCAAUGAAAUAAAUGAACAAGUCUUCCUUGACUAAAUGUUUUUGCAUGGAUUAUUUUUACUGUAGUAUUUGAGUCUUCCUAGUAUUUUUUUUUUUUGAGAGUGAUAAUUUAAAACAUGCUAAGUACAGAGUAUUUUAAUUUGCCAAAUUUAUAAUUGUUUUUAGUUGUUGUACAGGCUGUGAAUAUUAUACAUUGACUUUCAUAUUUAAUGAUUAGCUCACUUGUACUUAAGGACAGCUCAAGCAUUACUGCAGCUUCAAUCAUUGGGUACUGUAAAGAAUGAUUGAACAAUAUGAUGUCAAAGUUUAGAGUACUAAGCUUCAUACUUCUCAUGCAGUGUUGCUUGUCUAUAAAAGUUUGUCAUUAAAAUAGAAUGAGCACCUAAAUUGUCAGUAAUUGAGAUUAUAGUACUCAUGAACUGAUUCUUAGUGUUAGUCACUAUUUUUAAGUAGUGAAUAAUAUGUAUUUGCCAUGAAAGUAUAUUUUUUUUCUCUUGAUACCAUAGUCCCAAUGUAUAUUUCUGGAUUUUUCUCCUUAUAAGCUAUUUACUGAAUGACUCUGACAUGUUUAGAAUUUUUCAUAGAUUUUUAUUUACUUCAUAUGCUGUAUGGUUCCUGCUUUUCAUUUUAUAUUUUAUAUUUAAGACUCCGUGAUUAAUCUAAAACUUGUAAAAAUUUGAAAGAAAAAGGGAUUAUUACAGAAUAGAGAAUUCAGUUAUACACUUAAGCAUCUAAUAGCACCUUAAUUAUUUUAACAAGUGAGUUUAUGAAUUACAGUAGAUAUUUACAGCUAAAAUAAAGGAGCUAAUGUAUAUAGUAAUAAAAGAAUGUAUUAAAAGCAAAAUCAGUAGCA